AUGUUUCACAGACGGCACGCCGAACGGACAGCACAGCUCUGGCUGCAGAAACUCCGCGAUUCCCCAGCACCGAAACGUCUGAACCUGAUAUAUUUGGCCAAUGAGGUCGCGCAACAGUCAAGAGCCCGACGGAAAGAGGACUUUCUCAUCGCAUUCUCGCCGAUCAUCGCAGAGGCCACGGCUAUCGCAUACAAGGGUUCCUCAAACGAUAUUCAGCAAAAGCUUCGUCGCGUGGUUGAAGUAUGGAGACAGAGAUCAAUCUUUGAACUUCCCAUUCAGGAGGCCGUAGAAGCUCGAGUAGAUGAGAUCGAUAAGUCACGCUCUACCGGUAAAAAACCGUUGCUAGGAGGGUCUCUCUUUUCAAGCUCGUCGGGUUCAACACCGUCUGAGCUUCAGCCUCUAGUGCCUCUACAAGUAGCCGUUUCAAAGGCUACAGUGGCUUCGACUGCGUCUGCCACAGCUGCGAAUGCAGAGUAUGAUAAGAUGCAUGACCCUAGCACGCCUUUGCCUACACCUCCAGUGCAUGCGGCGCGGCUUAGCCAGUUGUUGAAAGCCCUUGCGAAUGCAGAAAGCUCUGUAUCCGAGGUGAUCAAAUCACGCAUUGCACUCAUUGAGGGUCUCGAGAAGCUUCUCGAAACUAAUCGCUCAGCUUUAUCUAAAGAACAAUCAAUGGUCGCACAGUUGACGGAAAGAAAAUCGGAGACGGAAGCCACCAAACGGGAGGUUGAAGAUGGGAUUAUGCGAGGGCUUUCUGCCGAGAAUUCGCCUGCGGUCAACCAUGGCGAUGCUGGGCCAGAGGGAGAACCUAUCUCUCGUCCAGAAGUUGAGGCCCUGACUCCUCCGCCAGUUGAGGCUAUUACGCCUGUUGGUUCUCCCAAGCAGGCCGCACAGGAAUCAGACUUCAGCGCAGUGCCCCCUCAACCCCAGAUACUAGGUGGAUUUACCCUGCCUGGAUUCGGAAAUCCGGCCGAUUCAUCUCUUUCGGCGGCGGGCUUCCCUCCUGUGGGACUCGGCGAGCACCAAACGGACGGUUCAAACGGGCUCCAUGCCAAGAGGCGCAAGGUUACGCACGAAGAGGAGGAUUAUGCUCAGUUCGCAGGCGGCGACUUGGAUGCUGAUGUAGCUGAGCUCUUGAAACAGGAAGGCGAUGCCCAGCAAUGA